AUGUGCUUGAGGAAUGUGCAUGGGGCGGGUGUUCAGCAGCCGGCGCUGAGGCACCACAAGUCUCAGCGUCGUCCACACUGUCCCCGCCCCUAAUCGGAGCCGAGUGAGCGGAUGAAACAUGGCGCUGGACGGAUGGAAAUACUAAUGACAGUCGGAAAACUCGCUUCCAUUUGUACCAUGGGCAUCAAUGCCUCUGCUCUGGAGAAAGAGAUUGGGCCUGAACAGUUUCCAAUCAAUGAGCAUUAUUUUGGUUUAGUCAAUUUUGGGAACACCUGCUACUGUAAUUCAGUCCUCCAGGCACUUUAUUUUUGUCGACCAUUUCGAGAGAAAGUUCUAGCCUACAAGAAUCAGCCAAGGAGAAAGGAAAAUCUACUCACGUGCUUGGCAGAUCUCUUCCAUAACAUAGCCACACAAAAGAAGAAAGUUGGUGUAAUACCUCCCAAGAAAUUCAUAACAAGACUACGAAAAGAAAAUGAACUUUUUGAUAAUUACAUGCAGCAAGAUGCUCAUGAGUUCCUGAACUAUCUGUUAAACACUAUUGCCGAUAUCCUGCAGGAAGAGAAAAAGCAAGAGAAACAAAAUGGACAGCUUCAUAAUGGUUGUAUUAAUGAUGACAAUGGUAAUGAUGUACUGGAACCAACUUGGGUGCAUGAGAUGUUUCAAGGAACAUUAACUAAUGAAACCAGGUGUCUUAACUGUGAAACUGUAAGUAGCAAAGAUGAAGACUUUUUAGACCUAUCUGUUGAUGUGGAGCAGAACACUUCAAUUACGCAUUGCUUGAGGGGGUUUAGUAAUACAGAGACACUGUGUAGUGAAUAUAAAUACUACUGUGAGGUGUGCUGCAGUAAACAAGAAGCUCAGAAAAGGAUGAAAGUAAAAAAGCUUCCUAUGAUUUUAGCUCUUCAUCUGAAAAGAUUUAAAUAUAUGGAUCAAUUACAUCGAUACACAAAGUUAUCUUACAGAGUAGUCUUUCCUUUGGAACUCCGAUUAUUCAACACGUCAGGGGAUGCUACUAAUCCAGAUAGAAUGUAUGACCUAGUUGCUGUAGUGGUGCACUGUGGAAGUGGUCCUAACAGGGGACACUACAUUGCAAUAGUGAAGAGCCAUGAUUUCUGGUUGCUAUUCGAUGAUGAUAUUGUAGAGAAAAUAGAUGCACAAGCCAUUGAGGAAUUCUAUGGAUUGACUUCUGAUAUCUCAAAGACCUCUGAAUCUGGUUAUAUCCUUUUCUACCAGUCCAGGGAUUAAAUGAGUGCAAGAGAACAGUUCCAUCUCACUCACUUCCAAAUGCUGACCCUUGCAGAACAAGGCACUGAGAUCAUUCAGAAGAAGCAUAAGAUGGAAGAACAUUGCAUCUUGCUUAUGGAGUUUCAGUUACACUAGAGUCAUACCGAUUUUAAUGGCUAAUCAAAAAUAUCCUUUGUGAUGAAAGCAGUUUUACUCAUUUAAAAAAAAUUACAUUGAAAUGAGUAGCAGCAAUGUUGCUUGUGUAAGUGGGUCACUGAGCUGGUGCUAAAAUGUUGGUUCCAGAGCUCAGUCUGACAUAACUGAAGGUGAUGCAUGCUAAAUGCAUAUGAAUGAAACCAAAGUGAACUGAUAUUUGACCUGAUUAAUCUUCCCUGGUUUCAUCCAGUUGGCAUUUUACGUUAGGCAAUUUUUUACAUCCUCAAAUUUUGGAACUAUUGAAAUUUUUUUUUUCAAAAUAUUGACCAAAAAUGAUGAUAGUUCAUCAUAACAAGUUUGCGCAAAAAUUGUCACCAAAGACUAACAUAAUAUUGUGGAUUUUUGUAAGGCUUCUGAAUCUCUUUCUAACAAAACAAAAUACUUGACCAACACCUAGUCUUGCAGUUGUCUCUUUUCAAUUUCCACAAGUUGAAUAUGUAAUAUUCCAGAAGUCUUGGUGUUAAGUUGCAUUAAAUUUGAGUGUUUUAAAAAUUUUUUACCAUCUAAUCAUCUGAACUUUUUGUUAACAAAAAUCUGGUGCUGAUUACUGAGUUGUCUAAUGCACAAGAAGCAUCCUAUAUGUGUAGAUGUUAAAUACAGGGCAAGAGCAAUGGCAGAGUUAUAAGGCCUUGUAAAUACAACAUAAAAACAAUUUUGUAGCGUCAACAAACUAAAAUACUUUUUUAAUAGCUUUUCGUAUCCCAGAGAAAUUGUAAAGUGGCAAAGUGUUAUUAAAAUAAUUCCAAUUGUUUUUGUCUCCAUGCAAAUAUAUAAAGAAAAAGUAAAUAAAAUCAUAUUUUAAAUGCCUUAGUAGAAUGAAAUCCCCCUACUGUUCUGUUAUAUUGGAGUGAGCACUACUUAUUUUCAGUUGUAUAUAAUAUAUAAAUAAUGUGAUUAAUCAUUUUAAGAUUCAUUGGUUUCUAUUUACUAUUUCAGUUCCUAUAAAUCUUUGCUCACUAUUUUGUAAAGUUAUUCUUUGUCAUCUUAGAAUUUCUCCUACUUUAUGUUCUUCAAUGUGGUGAUUGAAGUAACUGACUAUUUUGCCUGGAAUAUAUGGUUUGUGCGCCCAUGCACUUAUUGAACUCACAGUCACAGAUGAAUGUAAUAUUUGAAGACCCUGUUUACACAGCAUAUAUAGGUUUGGAACUGUUUUGCAUUUCUGUUUAUGGGAAUUGAUGCACACUGUUUAUACAAUUCCUAUAAAUGACUGGCAGGCUUUCUUUGUAAAACUAUCCCCCUUCCCUUUAUUAGUUUCAAAUUGAGUAAGUUUAAUCAAACUUGAUUGUAAAUCGCUGCCUGGCUACUCCUCAUGAUGCACACCAGCCCAUGUUUCUGAAUCAAGGUUUGAUGCUAUCUGAUUAGAUGUCCGAAGCAUGCCUAUAAUUUGAAGAUAGAUUUGUUACCCGUUAGUUUAACAGGAUCCGAGCAUUUAUGAUUGAUAUGAGAGCAUACUAUACUCAUCCCAAAAUGAAUUUUAAAGUGGCCUGCAAAAACUUUAACCUAGGGUUUAAGACCAAAAUCACUGUUUUGAAUAAACUAGGUGGAGAACUUUACCACCUUUCUCUUGUAUAGUAUUUCAUAUUGAUACUUUGAAAUCCAAUGAAGAAUGUCUAUCUGCUGCUAAAAAGAAAACUUUAAUUCAUCAGAGAACAUCUUGUAGCUGUUAGAAUAAUGCUUUUUGACUUGUUGCCUCAGGAAAUGCUGUGGUCUUUACGAUUGAUGCCAUUUAGCCCUUAGCAUUUUUGUUUAGGUUUCUUCAGAAAGGUAUGGUAUCAUGUUAUUGUGGCAAGAUGUUAAGUUGUUGGGAACGGGGCCUGUUCAGACUGAUUGGCUUCUAAGUAGAUAAAGUAGUAGCUCAAGUCCCAAUUAGCUUUUAUCUUUAAAAAUGUUAUUUUUUAUUUAAGUCUGUUGGACUUAAUAGUACUUCAAUUUCCUUUUAUCCCUGCAUUAAAACACAUUUUUGGGAAUCAGGAGUAGAGAAGCCAUGAACAUUCUGUUGAAUGCAUUUUGCUUCCUCCUCUCUGCCUCCCUACUUUUAACUUUGGAAGGAUUGUACACUUAAUAGUCGCUCUCUUGUUUUUAAAAUAAAGGAAUGCUUCAAUUAAAUAAAAGAAAAACAAAAUCAUUGGUAGAAUGAUAUAUCUUUAGAAUAUUGCAGCAUUACGCAUUUGUUCCUGUGUUUGCUCGGGUUUUGUGAAACAAAAUGUUUUGGAUGUAGAUUUUAGUGACUUUGAACUAAUUUGGCUAUUGUAUUGCAGUCAGAUGGUGCAUAGUUUGGUAAAGUACUACAAUAUUUGCAUAUUAGCCAUCAGAAAUCAGGGUGAUAGGGAAAUGUAACUGGUGAAUAAUGGAACUGAUUUGUGUCUUUAAGUCAUGAAGUUCUUUGGGGCACAGCUGAAUAUUUUGUAUAUUGCGUUUUAAAAAAAAAAGGAAAAAAAUUUCUACAGAAAAAUGUAUGUUCUUUGAUAGCAUAAUAUUGUAUGUAUAUAUUGAAAAAUUACUCUAAAUUAUAAAUUGUUGCACUUUUGAUACUGAUUUUUAGGUGUAUUUAAGGGGUUACUUGAGACAGACUGUUUAAUUAUGUUUUUGUCUUAAAUAAAAAAAAUAUAAUU